AUGCUCAGAUAUAAAAUCUAUGCUGUAGUCACACACCCAGCAUUCCCUAAUUAUGCCUAUAAAGUUUCGUUAUUGCUCCUCAUAGGAGCGAUUUAUAUUUUGCUGAACCCAGAACAGAUUGAGCAGAGGGCUUUUGUGUCGGAAAAUGCUUUGAGUAUACAGACAGCGACUAUAACAAGUAAAGAUUUAAGCUAUGUCAAUAACAUAGACAACCUUGAAGAGUUUUUAACCAAUAGAUUAUUCGCAAGCCAGUGGAAUAAUACUAAAGUUUACUAUAACCUGAUUAGAGGAAGUAGAACUGAUGGAAAAGAUUGCAUGGCUUUUAUUAUACCUUAUAGUAAAGAAAAAUACAUAGGAAUUGAAGCUGCUUAUGAAUUCAUUAAUUUUGUGCAGAAAAAAGAGUGGGUUGGAACGAAUUUAUUGUUUAUUUAUUAUGAUGAUUCUAUUGCUUAUGCUGUAGAGUUUAGAAAGUGGCUGGAUGAAUAUAUUACGCAACCUUCUGAGUAUUUUGGGAUAAUUCGGGAAGCAGUGGAAUUUGAUCUUUCAAACAGGUUUAGCUAUUUUACUGUGGUUUCUGAAGGAAUUAAUGGGGUGCAAACUGAUGUGGACAUGCUUGUAUCAGCACUUAGAUGCUUUUCGAGGAUUGAGGUAAUUAAUUUUAAGCACCCAGAGCCGGUUUUAUACAAAAUUCCUGAUGAUCUCUCAUCUAUUUUCCCUAAUUUCUUAAGAAAAAUAGAAGGCUCCUUAUCAAGCUGAUAUUCUUUAUGGAGCGGAAACGUAAACAACGCAUUUUCCUAUGCUCUCGAUAAAGGAAUUUUAUCUUUAGCCAUCAAAACAGGUCUAGAAAAAGGCGAUAAAGGAAAAUCCACUGGAAAUGUCAAGCUCCAAAUAGUAAAACUAAUGGAAAUGCUAACAAGAACUUUUACUUCUCUUGACGAAACCAUGCAUGCAGGAAGCUAUUUUUAUUAUUUUUCUGGCAAUUGGAAAAUGAUUACUUUAGGCAAAUAUGCAUUUGUGAUUGGAAUUUUAAUUCUUCCUUUAGCAUUGCAGUCAAUUUUGAUAUUAAGAGCAGGGUGGUUUAAUAUUCGCGCCAUUUUAUCAACAAUUUUCCCUAUAAUUUUGACAGUUUUUCUGGCUAAAAGCUUUUUAGCAAUAUUUGUAAGCACAGCUGGGUAUUUUUCAUUAAUUGUGCUUGCAUUGAUUCCUUUGCUUUUUUUGAAGAAAGAAGACCAUAAUUUCCUUCAGGCUUAUACAAAUGUAAGCUUUGCGGUUACUUUAGUAGUCACAUCUCUACACAUUUUGCCGAUGAUGCUAAUAUUUAUCCCAUUAAUUCCUCUCAAAAUUGUCGCUUUUAUGAAACCAUCAAGCAAAAUACUCAAAAAUCUUUAUAAGACUUCUUUAGGGAUCAUUGCAAUUUCUUUGAUUUUUGCUCCACUUUCUCUUAUAGAAACAAGUUCAAAUCCAUUGAGUAUGAUUUCAUUGGAAAAUUUAUAUGAAAUUGAGAUAAACUCUUCACAUCAGCUUUUAUCAUUUUUUAUUAUUAUCACUUUCCCAUCAAUAUCACAUAUAAUUUAUCUAGCUAUUAUCUAA